AUGCACGCAGAAACCUCCGUGCAGACGGCGUGUGGCGACGUCGUCGAAGACCCCGAAGCUGACAAUCAAAAGGAACAACGGAGCCGCCCUGACAGUCUCCGAAUCCUGUCGUACAAUCUCGGUGCGGGAGGACUAGGAGCGGAACGACUGAAUAACUCCAACGGACAUCGACUGGCCGUGCUCAUGGAGGACCUCGAGUUCCUGAUGGAGAACUUCGACGUCAUCGGACUGUCGGAGACGCACUGCACGGAAGAGACGCACCGGACGUGGACGGACGGGACACUAUUCGGAGCAGAGAUCCACAUCGGCGCCCGCGACCGGACAGCGAACAAAGGCGGCGUCGGCUUCAUAAUUCACCCGAGACUGGCCGCCAGCAAACGAGUGCAUGACGUCCGCAUCGUCUCCAGCCGAAUCGCAGUUCUGAAGCUCGAAGUGCCCGGGCAGCGACGACCACUCAAAAUCGUACAGGUGUACGCGCCACACUCAGGCUACGACGACGAUAUCAUCGAACAACUCUACGACGAAAAGGAGGACGAGAAAUACAUCGGCCCUCACUCGAUCGAGCAGAGGAACGAGAGCGGAGAAAAGCUGGCAGCCUUCGCAGAGUCGCAUCGCUUGUACGUCGCCAACACCUUCUUCGAAAAGCCACCGAACAAGCGCUGGACGUGGAGGUCACCGUCGUUCGACCUCUUCUGCGAGCUCGACUACGUCCUCUGCGACGAUAGAAGCUGCGUCACAAACGUCGAGGUCCUUAGCCGCUUCGGAUGUAGCAGCGACCACAGACCAGUACGCGCAACGAUACGGCUAGAUGGCAAGCUGAUGCAGAAGAAGCUCCUCCUCUCAUCACUCACACGCGCGAAGAAGACCAACUACAGUGCGCUGAAGGCGGAGGCGAACGCCACAGACUGGAAGGUGCACGGCCGCAUCAACGAGCAAUACGAGCAGCUCACCGAGAAGCUAAAGCGAUGCAUGAAAGCCGCAACGCUCAAAGAGGAAGAGCAGUUCCGAUCAAGACUGUCAGAGGACACCAGAAAGAAGCUCGCCCUGCUGAAGACGCUGAAAGCUACCCAAGCCAACGCCGAGCGAUACCGAGCACUCGCGACAGAAGUCCGACGACAGGUGAUGGACGACCACACGACCUACAGAGAAGAGCGGAUGACGAGAGCAGCCGAAGAACGCUCCAGCCUAAAGAAAUGCAGCAGAGAAAUCGCGCAGACGAGGCUUAUCACGGCGGCUCUUAAGGACAGCAACGGAAGCAGAAAGACAAACCGAAGAGAAAUCGAAGGGAUCUGCCGAACGUUCUACACGCAGCUCUUCGACAGCAAGGUCCACGUGGAGCGAAACCUGGCAGAAACCGACGACAACGCUGAGACAUUACCGUCUGUCACGUGGGAAGAGGUCAAGAAAGCUGUUCGCAGCAUGAAGCUCGGCAAGCGCCCGGACCCGAUGGCAUCACCGCGGAACACCUGCGAGCAGGAGGCCAACCGCUCUGGAGCGUGGAAAGAAUCGAAGACCGUGCUCCUGUACAAGAAGGGCGACCCGGAGAACAUCAGCAACUACCGGCCGAUCUGCCUGCUGUCAGUCGUCUACAAGGUCUUCCCCAAGCUAAUCCUCAAACGGCUCACGGACACGCUGGACGCUGCACAACCACCGGAGCAAGCCGGAUCCAGAAGCGGAUACUGCACGAUGGACCACCUGCAGACCAUCAUCCAGCUGCAAGAGAAAGCUCGAGAAUUCGGCCAACGCCUCUUCAUCGUCUUCAUCGACUACGAGAAGGCGUUCGAUAGCAUCGAGAUGAACGCCGUCUGGAACGCACUUGAAGAGCAAGGAGUCGACCACCGCUACGUGGGUCUGCUCGAAGAGACCAACACCGGAUGCACUACGGACAUCACGCUGUUCCAAGACCCGAUCCGCAUGUCCGCCAGGGCGAUACCAUCUCACCGAAGCUCAUCACGGCGGCACUAG